AUGUCAGAGUAUGAAAGUCUGGGUCAUAUGGAGAAAUGUGAGAAUGAUAAUUUACCACGUAAGAUGCAUUUUAUACCACAUCACGGUGUGCUUCGGGAAAGUAGUACUACUACUAAAUUAAGAGUCGUUUUCAAUGCUAGCAGUCCGACUUCUUCGGGUGUUUCCUUGAAUAAUAUACAGAUGGUAGGUCCCGUGGUACAGGACGACCUUUUGUCCAUUCUUUUACGCUUUCGGCUACACAAAUACGUUCUCACAGCUGAUGUUGAGAAAAUGUACCGGCAAAUAGUCAUUCAUCCCGAUGACCGCUAUUUGCAACAAAUUGUCUGGCGUGAUAACCCUUCAGAACAGCUUCAAGCUUAUCAACUUAACACCGUGACUUACGGCACCUCUAGUGCUCCCUUUUUGGCAACUAGGUGCCUCCAACAAUUAGGCUUAGAGUGUACCGAUGACAAGGUUGCUCAAGUGAUCAUUCACGAUUUUUACGUUGAUGACUUGCUAACGGGAGGGGAUGAUAUUAACGAGGUUACAGAUUUGCGCCGUAAAGUGACUUCCACACUUGCAUCAGCUCAUAUGGUUUUGCGAAAGUGGAAGUCGAAUGAAUCUCAACUGGUUAGUGAAAAUGAUAUUUCUCCGCUUGAUUUGAAUAUUGGUGGCUUUGAACCGACUAAAACUUUAGGCCUUGGUUGGCAAUCACAUACUGACCAACUUUGUUUCCCUAUAGGAGGGCUAUUCUCAGGUAGAACAAAGCGUGAUAUGUUAUCUGUGAUUUCUCAGAUUUUUGAUCCACUAGGACUUCUAUCUCCCUGUGUAAUUAAGAUGAAAAUGCUUCUUCAACAGUUGUGGCUGCUCAAGCUGUCAUGGGAUGAGCAGUUGACGCCAGAAAUCAGCAAGAUGUGGGCUGAGAUAAUAGUCGAUUUACCUAAAUUAAAUACUCUACGUAUUCCACGUCGUGUUAUUUGUGACUCGCCUAGUUUGUUUGAAUUUCAUAUUUUCUCGGACGCUUCUGAGCGAGCAUAUGGCGCCUGUUUAUAUGUGCGUAGUGUUAAUGAUCAGGGUGAGGUUUUAAUUCAAUUAUUGAUGGCGAAAAGUCGUGUCGCGCCGCUUAAACCUAUAACAAUCCCAAGACUGGAACUUUGUGGUGCACUUGUUGGAGCUCGCCUUUACCAAAAGGUUGUAGCAUCGCUGAGACAACAGGCUAAGCGCACUUUCUUUUGGACAGAUUCGUCCAUCGUGUUAGGAUGGUUAAAGUCUCAACCAAGUCGAUGGCAAGUGUUUGUUGGCAAUAGAGUGUCGGACAUAAUUCAGUUGAUAGACAAUGAGAGGUGGUAUCAUGUUCAAUCAACCGACAAUCCCGCUGACCUCGCGUCUAGAGGGUUGGCGCCAAUUGAAAUGGCAAACAAUGACAUGUGGUGGACUGGACCAGAGUGGUUAAAAAAUAAAGGAAUGGAUUUACCAAAGCAUUAUAUACCUCAAACAUAUUUAGAGAUAAAAAGAUCGUUUAAUGUAGUUUUAAAGGAAAAACCAGUUUGGGAAAGAUUUUCAUCUAUGUUACGAAUGAAAAGAGUUCUUGCAUGGUGUUUACGAUUUCUACAUAAUAAAAAUAAAAAUGAAAAUUAUUUAACUACGGAAGAAAUGAAUGAAGUUGAAGAAAAAUUUAUAAAAUACUACCAGUACUUAGUGUACGAAGAUGAAAUUAGAGAUCUAAAUAAGAAAGGAAAGAUAAAAGGUAGAAGUUCUUUGAUAAGUCUUACACCUUUCUUAGACAAAAGGGGGCUUCUUAGAGUAGGAGGGCGACUAGCUAAUGCUAAUAUAAAUGAGAAUGCUAAACAUCCAAUUAUAAUACCAAAAAGGCAGCAUAUUACUAAGCUUAUAAUUAACGAAGCCCACAUAAGAACUCUUCAUGGAGGUUUUCUUCAGAUGCUUACAUAUAUCCGCAGCAAGUACUGGGUAGUUAGUCUGAAGUCUGCUCUCAGAGCAAUUAUUCGUAAUUGUAAGGUGUGCAUAAUUGACAAGGCAAAAAUUAAGCAGCAGCUGAUGGGCCAGUUACCACCUGCAAGAGUGAAUCCAAAUCGCGCUUUCUUCAACAGUGGAGUUGAUUUUUCGGGACCUCAACGGCAUAAAUGGCAAGACACUACCCGCCCGGUACAAGAAGGAGACCUCGUCGUGGUGGCAGACGGGACCAUGCCGAGGAACGUGUGGCCAAGAGGAGUUGUAACGAGGACCUUUCCCGGACCAGACGGCGUGGUACGGAACGUGGAAGUGAGGACCAGGGGCGGAUUGCUGCGGCGGCCGGUCAGGAGGAUCGCCGUCCUCCCGAGUGCAGCCUAG